CACCACGCGUACCUUGAGGCUCGUAAUUAGAUGAUAUCAGCGCACCAUUGCCCAUGCUGUUACAGAGAGUCACGAAAAGCAGCUUUGGGAGAACAGUGAAAAUACUCAAAUCCGCCACCACAAUUACUCACACUUCAACACAAGCACACCGGUCGAGCUCAUUCAUCUCACGUCAAAUUCCAAAGAUGCUACACACCGCCAAUCAAACCGCAAAGAAAAUAUUUGCGCCUACAAGCAACUCCGAUGAUCCCGGCCAUGCAACGCAGUACACAAAAGGCGCCCUCGACCAUGCCGCCCUGCUGCCUUUGCCGACCGAUCAGUUCCACAAAUGGUUCCAAGAGGCACAAGACGCGAAAGUCUACCAGCCCGAGACUGUUACCUUUUCAACAGCAUCGCUACCAGAUGGCAAAGUAUCGUCACGUGUGGUAUUUAUGAAAGAGUUAGAUUCGAAGGGGUUUGUCAUCUACAGCAACUGGGAUACGUCACGGAAGGCGAAAGACGUACGCAGUAAUCCGUAUGCGGCAUUGACGUUCUGGUGGCAUGAACUGGAGAGGCAAGUUCGGGUCGAGGGGCGCAUUGAGCGGCUAACAUCAGCGGAGAGCCAAGUUUAUUACGACACGAGGAUUCGGGGGAGCAGGAUCGGGGCCUGGGCAAGCCAGCAGAGCAAGGUGCUCGAGGGCAGGGAGGAGCUGGAGAAGAGAGUUGAAGAUGUAGAGAAGCGGUUUGAGGGCAAGGAGGAGAUUCCUGUCCCGGAGUUCUGGGGCGGAGUGAGAGUUGUGCCGGAGAAAGUGGAAUUCUGGCAAGGGAGGCCGAGUAGACUGCACGACCGGUUUCAGUACACGAAGGGUGAUGGAGAGGAGGGAUGGAAGGUUGAGAGACUGAGUCCGUAGAUUUACUGGAGGUUUAGGGGUCGCAUGUUUAGAACUUAGUUGUGAAAUUCUGGGCGAGCAAUCAUACCCUCCACAACAGCACAGCACAGCAUCCACUACCCACAGGUAUCCUGCACUCGGAGACUAUCGGAUCGACUAUACUUGGAAGCCCCCCUGAGCAUUGGCCUGGUCAGGAAGAUACGAAGACCGAGGUUAAUAACUUCCUUCAUAUCAGGUGGAGUGAGGGUGGCCUGAUCCCUCUCAGAAUCGUAGGAUUUUCUCGAAGGUUUCACGAAUUAAUCUUGACUCGACGAUAAUUCAUGGGCCUCAUAACGAGUCAAAGGGAGACAGCAUUGCGAUAGUUUCGUAACCAGGCCGACGAACUGUGUGACAUCUCCCUUAUCCUCUCGUUCCACCGCCGCAUAUCCUUCGAGCCCGACAUCUUCUCGAAUUUCUUUCAUAGCUGGUACAUUAAAUAUAGGAUAGCGGCCU